CCGGAACCUUUCUGCUGUGCUUUCCGCCAGGACGUGCGGAAGCGGAGACCGGAAGUCCUUUGCCGGGAGCUUCCGGGUUUCCUGGGCUAUUACGAUGGCGAUGAGUUUCGAGUGGCCGUGGCAGUAUCGCUUCCCGCCCUUCUUUACGUUACAGCCGAACGUGGACACUCGGCAGAAGCAGCUGGCCGCUUGGUGCUCGCUGGUCCUGUCCUUCUGCCGCCUGCACAAACAGGCCAGCAUGACGGUGAUGGAAGCCCAGGAGAGCCCGCUCUUCAACAACGUGAAGCUACAGCGGAAGCUCCCCGUGGAAUCAAUCCAGGUUGUAUUAGAGGAACUGAGGAAGAAAGGGAACCUGGAGUGGUUGGAUAAGAACAAGUCUAGCUUCCUGAUCAUGUGGCGGAGGCCAGAAGAAUGGGGGAAACUCAUCUAUCAGUGGGUUUCCAGGAGUGGUCAGAACAACUCCGUGUUCACCCUGUACGAACUGACCAAUGGGGAAGACACAGAGGAAGAGGAGUUCCACGGGCUGGAUGAGGCAACCUUACUGCGGGCUCUGCAGGCCCUUCAGCAGGAGCACAAAGCAGAGAUCAUCACUAUCAGCGAUGGCCGAGGCGUCAAGUUCUUCUAGCAAGACCUGUCUCCCUUUACGCCUUACCUCCUACCCUUCCAGGGCUUUCCAAAGGGGACAGACCCAGUGUUCCCACAGACUGGAUCUGUGCCUCCACCAGACUCAAAGGGCUUCAGUCCACUUACCCCAUGUGUCUGUCCCUGGGAUCGGGUGAGGCUGAGGCAGAGAAGAGAUGUGCUUCUCCUUGCCAACCUCCUCUUCUGUCCUAGAUUGUCCCUGAGCCGCAGUCUGUAAACCCAGCACUUUACAUGUGUUCACAUAUGUAACAGCACACACACACACACACACACACACAUACACACUCAUGCCGUACGAGCUCUGUCUUUCCCCACUCCCACCCCUGUAGCUGCUGUUGCCUCCCCUCUCAGGCUGGUGCUGGAUCCUUCCUCGGGGAUAGUGGAAGCCCUGGCUGCGGGCAGCCUUCCAGGCAAUAUGAAGAUAGGAGGCCCAAGAAGCGGUCUGGCAGUGAGAGGCGGGGCCGGACAGUGAUUUCUGAUAUUAAAAAGCUCAACCACA